AUGGACCUCAAUCCAGAUGCUGUACUCGACGCUGAGAGUGCGCUGGAAUAUGCGCGAUAUCACAGUCUCUGUGCAGACUACGCGAGCGAGGAAUUCCAACUUCAUGCCUGCCUCGCGCCAUCCGUUGAUGAGCACAAUCGAGAUCUUGUAGAUCUCUCAACACCUAUUUCUACUGACGACAUCAGUGAACUAACAAAGGAGCGAUUGACACUCAACAGAGAUGCUGCGGUAUUACUCAAGGCUAUGUACUCACUCCAAGGAGCACCUGAUACGGAUGCAUCAACCGUAAAUCGGCGCAAACUGAUGCUCAGCUGGAGACAAGAACUCCCAGCUCUAUCAACAGACCAUGAGCUCGACAUGCUGAGAUUCAGAAAAGUGGUCAGUCCUGAUCUAGAAGAUCUAAAGAUUCCUUCUGAAACAACCAAUCGGGAGAAGGAUGAGGGGUUCGAGUGGCCGUCCAAGUACUUCGCAUAUCCAGUGCAGUGCACUGAGCAGCUUCGAGCUGAGAGGCUGGGUGUGACAAAAGAGGUUUUGUUUUUUUUGCAAGACGCGAUUCGUGACGAUUGCAGAGCUCAGAAAUCCGAGUUUCUUAUCGAUGCCAUAGAAAAUCGGCUGCCUCUGCCAUCAGACAGCGGUGACUCUCUGGUUGAAGAGGCAAGAGCGAUCGAACAACAGAUUAUGAAUGAAAACUCGCUUAGGCGUGAAGGCUCAGGUAACAGCGACUUGAUGUUGCUUGACAUUAUCGAUCCGCCACAGUUCAGUCCACUUUCCGAGUACAAAGGUCCGGUAGCUGUGAAGCGGAAGGUCGAGGAUCACAAAGUAGAAGGACCGCUGACCCCACCCAUGUUCACAUCGUCGCCCAUGAAGAAACUCAAAUCUGUGUCAUUUGCAGAGAUACUGGCUGAGUAUAUUCCAACUAUGGAGUUGGCUGACACCGUCGAUGAUGAAGACAACUCCUCUGUGGAUUUCAGUGACUAUGACGACUUUCUGCGGGAAAUUGAGCCAUUGGCAGCGGAAGCGAAGAGAAAGAUCGAUAAAGAAAAGCUGUCGGGUGCUGAUACUAUAGCACGCGUUGACAUACCUGAACUCGACUUCACGCUACCAAUAGCACCGUGGAACGUUUACAAUUUGAGCAACAGUGGCCGGAAAAAGUCUAGUGAGACAGAGCUUGAGGCUCAAUCCAGACUCUUGUUGCGGAUAAAGCGCGAGGAUUUGAAGAAUGCAACCUCCUGGCAUGGCGUAUCGGCUUUGGAACGGCAGUUGCAAUGGAGCAUCUUCACCACUUCUGUAUCCUCCAUUGACCUCGAAGAAAAACUCCACGGCGAAACGGAGCUGGAUAAGACGAUAGCCGAAUUGACAACUGGUAUGAUUGCAGUGAGUUCAUCUCUAGUCUGGAAACCUCAUGGCUUGAGGAUUCUGGAUGAAGAGGAGGAAGAGGAGGAAAUUGAGGCAGAAGAAACAGAAGAGCAGCGAAAUGUGGAAGCUCUUGUUCGGAAGAGAAAGUUAGAGAUGGAUGAAGAAGUUGCAGAGAAGGCUCAAAAGCAGACAAUGUUACCGUCGGAUAGACGGCACUCUCAACAGGAGAGACUGAAGAGCCAGCAGUGGGAGAAGUCGUUGCUGGGCCGCCAUGACACUCGAAAGGAACACUCAAGAAGUACUCAAUACAAUCGAAUUGGACUCCAAGCACCACCGUCUCGUCAGAAAUCGAUGCAAAUACGCAAAGAUACUCGGAACGAACUCAUGUUUGGUGGUUUCUCGGCCAGUACGGCACUUCACAGGUUCAUGGAGACGAGAGGGAAAUCUAUGCAGUCUGCGGUUGCUGCACAGGCUCAUCACUCUACAAUGGGACAUACCACUCAGACGUUGCCUGUUGGCCCACGAGAGCCUUCGCGCGAAUUUUCAGUCAAUGGAAUCGCUAAAGCACCAGUCCAAAUACCUGCCGAGAAGACAAAGGACAUAUACCUCAUAUCUCUCCCAGAGCGCCUGCCCCUAUGCUCAUUCAUAGUCUCCUCCCUCCUACUGCAACGACGCUCCUUGACCAAACAGAUCGAGAAGCUCUACCCGAACGCAGAAAUCCUGUACAGAGACUACGCCCAGCCCCGUUUCCCCUCGCAAGAAGCAGAUAUGAUUCUCUCCCCGGCAACCGGUCUUAUCUUUACGACCCUUCAGCAAAUCAAACAACGCGCUCUCCCCGGCCAACUCGACCGCUCACCGCUCAAAGAGCGCAUUCUGGCGCUACAAACUCGGUAUGAGAGACUUCUUGUCAUGGUCAGUGAGGGUCUCUCUAGGGAAAUGGAGGAGCGAGGGUCAAGCCGACCGAGUGAUGCACGCGAUGAAGAGGCACUUGAGCAAUUUGAAGUUUUCGCAGGGCAACUAGAGGGCUCUGUACUUGUGAGAUUUCUAAAGGGAGGGGAAACGGCGCUUGCGAGGGGCGUAGUGGGUACGAUGGUGGAAUUUGGGCUCGAGUAUGGAUCGGUGGAUAUUGGGGAUGUCAAGCCUUUGGCUGUGGAGACGAGUUGGGAGCUUUUUCUCCGUCGUGCAGGCCUAAAUCCAUUUGCAGCCCAAGCGAUCGUUGCAUCGCUCAAGGACUCUUUCACUGUACCGAUCCCAGCUUCUUUUAGCUCGGGCUCAGCUGCUGCCAUGGAUACUACGAUGAGUGUACCGGUUUACGGACUGCCGGCUUUCCUGAUGAUGACGGAGGAUGAGAGAGUCCGACAGUUCCAGGCUAUGAUGGGUGGGGCCCGUAUCUUGAAGAGAGUUGGGAGAUUGUUGGAUCAGGAGUGGGUUAGUGCCGCGCAUGGGUUUAGGGUGAAAUAG